UUUUUUUUUUUCUCUUUCUUCGUAGAGGCGGAGAAGACUCAGGAGCGAGAGACUUUCUCCCACCCUCUCCCUCUCUCUCUAAAAAAAAUUCUCCUUCUCUCUCAAGAAUCCUAUCUCAUUUUUCUCUCCUCUUUCUCUCUCAACCAUCAAGGGACUGAAAAAAGACCAAAGCUUGGUUCAUGUGACGUUGCAGAGGAUUGAGUUGGAUCAGUGUCAAGAUUGGGAGAUCUGCCUUUGAUUGGAAGCUCUGGUUUGAUAUUUCGAAGAAUUAGGGUUUUUUCUGGGGAAGGUGGUGAGUCUAUGACUCGUGUAGUUGGGGUUUCCAUUUCCUGUGUUUGAGAGAUUGUCAACUUUUGUUCUGGAUAUAGGUUCUUCGUGGGUAUCUCUUAAGAUAGAUUGCUCCUCAGUUGUUCUUCAUACUGCCUUUUAGAGAGAGAGAUUUGGAGUCAUGUUAGAGGGUCAGUCCUGCUUAGUUUCUAGGGUUUUGCCAGGAUCUUGUGAGCAAGAGUCCAAGUGGUAUUACAUGUACCCAAUCGAGGUCCAAAAGGGCAACAAGCGUUCUCUCUCUAUGGAGGAGUCUAAUGGAACAAACAAGAGAUCAAACAGUAGCAACUUGUCUCCACGUAAAAUCCCUAGAGAGAGAAACUCUCUUUUUGAUGAGACCCCAAGCGAUCAGGAUGAUCAUCAGGGCCAAGGGGAAGACUCAAAUUACCGGGGCUUAGGUCGAGACAUGGUGAUCGAUUGCUUUAUCCGGUGCUCUCGAUCCGACUAUGGCUCAAUCGCCUUGCUUAAUAGGGCCUUUCGCUUGCUGGUGCAAAGUGGUAAGCUUUACCAGCUGAGACGAAAGAUGGGUGUCAUGGAGCACUGGAUCUACUUCUCUUGUAGCUUAGCAGAAUGGGAAGCGUAUGACCCAAAUAGCACAAGGUGGAUGCAUCUCCCUCCUAUGCCAUCUAAUGAAUGUUUUAAGCUCUCUGAUAAGGAAUCUUUAGCAGUGGGCACUGAGCUUCUAGUUUUUGGCAAAGACAUACUCUCCUUCACAACGUGGAGGUAUAGUAUAUUGAGAAAUAAUUGGACCCCAGCUGUUCCAAUGGAGUCCCCAAGGUGUCUAUUUGGCUCAGCAAGCCAAGGCGUGAUAGCCAUUGUUGCAGGGGGUUGUGAUAUUCAAGGUAAGAUCUUGGAUUCAGCUGAGCUUUACAAUUCAGAGAAUGGGUCAUGGGAAACUUUACCCAAGAUGAAUUCUCCAAGGAAAAUGUGCAGUGGAUUUUUCAUGGAUGAUAAAUUCUAUGUAAUUGGGGGUAGAAAGGUUCAAGGAGAGAAUCAAGUGGCUCAUUCUAGUGCAAACCCCCAAGCUCAACAGCAUCUCACUUCAGGUGAAGAGUUCAAUUUAGAGACUAGAACAUGGAGGACUAUACCCAAUAUGUUUCCAAGAAGAGGUGAAUUCGCCCAUGCUCCACCCCUUGUUGCAGUGGUCCACAAUGAGCUUUAUGCGGCAGACCAUGAAGCGAAUGAGGUUAUGAAAUAUGAUAAGGAGAAUAAUACUUGGAGUGUCUUGGGGAAAUUGCCUGAAAGGGCAGCCUCAGUUAAUGGUUGGGGUUUGGCUUUCAAGGCCUGUGGUGGUCAAGUAAUUGUUAUUGGGGGUUAUAAGGGAACAGCAGGUGGGACUGUAGAACUAUAUUCUUGGGUUCCAAAAGAGGGGCCUCCGACUUGGAGAUUGCUUGCAAGUAAGCAGCUUAAUGCCGGGACCUUUGUUUAUAACUGUGCAGUGAUGGGUUGCUGAGCUCUCUCUUUCAAAGGUUCGAUAAUGGGUGGUAAAGCCUCGAGGCUUGCAUGAGGGAUUUGAAGCUGCUCUGGAAUUGGAUGUACAGAGCAAAAGGGGUGUAGAGUCUGAGGAGAAUGGGUAACCUCUUUUUUUCUUUCUUUUUUUUUUUUUUGGAAUUUUCCCAUUUGGGGUGCUCAAGAUUUGAUGGAAUGUUUUUUUCUUCUGAGGAAAUCUUGAGCCAAAAGGUUUCUUUCUUGGGAUGUAAGUUGUGAACAUAAAGAAUUUCUACUGGGCCUUGUGUUUGGCUUUGUUUAUUCGGUGCAUUACAGGAUAGUAGAUUAGAAAUGCCUGAAUGCUUCUUAGUACAUCAAUAAGAUUUUUUGGGGUAUGGAUCUAUGGGUUGCUUU